AUGGCUCAUGGACAAAUGUAUUUAGCUAAUUCCAUAGUUAUGAAAAAUAUAGUUGAACGGGGAGAGGAAAGCAGCAAUACAAACACAGUAAAUUUGAUCAACGAAAAAACAAAUAAUUAUAAAAUAUUUUUUUCUAAUACAAAAGAAUAUCUUGAAACAUUUAAUUCGUUAAUUCACGAAUUUAUGAAUAAAAAACAGGUCAAAGAACAAACUAGUAAACAAUGUUUACUACAUGAUUCAACAAGAAGUCAUAAUAAAAAAUUUGUUUUAUGUUUACAAUUGCUAAUGAAAAAACGUUUGCCUUAUAUGCAAAUUGGUAGUGAAAUAAAGUUUCAGUAUUUGAAUGAUAACCCCUGUGAUCUUGUCGGUAAAAUUAUAAAUAUUCCUCAAAAAAAUAUCAUUGAUGUAGAACUUGAUCAGCCACUAGAAGUAGAAAAAGGCUCGAAAUUAAUUAUCUUGAGGCCAUGGAACAAUAGAAUAUAUGUUCAAAUGUUUACGGCGUUAACUAGAUUCGCCGAAAAAAUGGAUUGUAUGUCACAUGAUCUACGGUCUAUUCUUUUAGGUCAUUAUAUUCGUAGUUCAUUAUACAAUCAUGAAAUAUUAGAAGAUUGUCAGGCACCUGGUCUACCCAUUCCAAAUUAUUUACAAAAAAUUGCAAUAAAGAAUGCUAUUCGUGAAACAUUGUCACUUAUCCAAGGACCAUCACUUACUGGCAAAACCACUCUGUGUGCAAUAAUUGCAUACCAUCUAUCAAAAUUUGGUUCGGUAUUGUUAUGUGCACCAACCAAAAAGGCUGUCGAUUACUUAACAGAUAUUGUAGCAAAAUCAGGCGUGCGUGUGGUAAGAAUGGGCACUCUUAAGAUGGCUGGUUGUAAGUCUUCAGAUUUGCUUCUAAGUAAUAAAAUAAAAGAACUGAAUGGCCAUAGUGAGUUCAAAAAAUUACAGAUGAUCAAAGAAAAAUUGAAUAAGCUUAACGAACAAGACGAAAUUACAUACAAACGACUUAAAAAACUUGCAGAAGUUGAAUGUUUGAAGUUUUCUCAAGUAGUCUGUACAACAUGUGACUUUGCUGGGGAUUCUCGUCUAGCUGAAUUUAAAUUCCGGGCGGUAAUUAUUGAUAGAAGUACACAAACUAAUGAACCUAAUUGUUUAAUACCAAUGAUUACUGGUGCAGAACAAGUAGUACUUACAGGAGAUAAUAUUAAAAAAAGAUCAUUGAGUACAAGGAGACAAAAUGAAUUUAACCGAUCACUUUUUGAACGACUUUUGGAAUUAGGUGUACCGUUAAUGCGUCUUAAAAUUCGAUAUUUUAAGAAUUCUUGA